CCUCGGGAUGUCUCAGUAUCAUUUCAGUCUCACAAGAACAAUUUAACAUUUUUUUUGCCUCAUAAAAAUAAAAAUUUACCGAAAAUAAAACUAUGAUAAUACAGUUCUUCAUUAUUUUUAUAAAUUUAGUCAUUGUAUUUUGUGGUGAAACCAGUGAUGACAGUUUUUGUGCGGCACAACAAAAUUGUACGAGUUGUUUACGUACAACAAAUUGUGUUUGGUGUUCUCUAACGACAAUCCAACCGAUAGUUCGAUGUGUGACUAGAGAGAGAUACAAAAAAGAAGGCGAAUUAUGGUGCGCAAAGAAGUCAGAGGUGGUGGAUGAUUAUUCGAAAUUGAAAAUUAUUGAAGAUCGUCCGCUUUUGUCAAAUAAAGGAAGUGAACCAGUUCAAGUACAACCGCAAAAAAUUCGUGUUCGUCUUAGAACAGGAGAAGAGAAACGUGUAACCUUAAAAUACAGUUUAGCGCAAGACUAUCCGGUUGAUCUCUAUUAUCUAAUGGACCUAUCAGCCUCAAUGGAAAAUAAAAGGGAUCAACUCUCCGAACUCGGAUUUCAAUUGGCAGAUGCGAUGAGAAAAUUGACGUCAAAUUUUCGUCUUGGCUUUGGAAGUUUCGUGGAUAAAGUUGCCUUGCCGAUGACAAACACUCAACCCGAAAGAUUAGUCAUUCCAUGCAAUUUUAUAUCGGUUUCAAAUUCAUGUACUGUUCCUUACGGAUAUCGAAAUCAAUUGUUCUUAACUGAGGAUGUAUCACUAUUUAAGACACGCGUGAAGCAGGCGUCGAUAUCGGGAAAUAUGGACGCACCCGAGGGCGGAUUAGAUGCAAUGCUGCAAGCAAUGGUCUGCACGAAGGACAUUGGUUGGAGGCCUAAAGCCCGACAUCUUAUGGUUUUUUCCACAGAUGAUAAAUAUCAUAUUGCUGGCGAUGGCAAACUUGCAGGCAUCGUAGAACCAAAUGAUGGGCUUUGUCACUUGGACGAAGAUGGAUAUUACACUUAUUCGUUGCUUCAAGAUUAUCCAUCAAUUGCGCAGAUAAAUAAAGUGGCACAAGAAAAUAACAUAAACAUCAUAUUUGCAGUGCCACCUGAUGAAAAUAUUACUUAUUAUCUUCUGUCGAAAAGUAUUUUUGGUUCGUCAAUCGGUCUUUUGGAAAAUGAUUCAACAAAUGUUGUUGCAUUAAUUAGUAAUGAAUAUGAGAAAUUGGUAAGUUCUGUGACAAUGUCGGACAAUGCAACAAAAGCAGUUGACAUAAAGUACUUUUCGAGAUGUUUGGAAAAAUCUGAUGACUUGAAGGAAAGUCGUGUAUGCGAGGGACUUCGUGUCGGUAAUGUCGUCGAAUUUGAAAUAAUUCUAAAGGCGUUAAAUUGUCCCGAGAAUCCAGACGAAUGGCAACAAAAUAUUCAAAUACGACCCACGGGUCUUGACGAGAGUCUCACUAUUGACUUGCAAAUAAUUUGUGACUGUCCCUGCGAUAGAGACGAUCAUUCGAAUAAUAUACCGGAGAGUUCAAGUUGCAAAGGAAAUGGCACAUUAAUUUGUGGCACUUGUUACUGUAAUCCUGGAUUUUAUGGUAAAUUUUGCGAGUGUAAGGGAAAUAUGCACGAUAAUGAGCCGGUGAAAGAUGACUGCAGUCCAAAUGGAGAGGAGAAAAUUUGCAGUGGACGUGGAACGUGCAAGUGUGGAGUUUGUGACUGUGCAAAACGUGCUAAUUCGAGGGAAUUUUUCUAUGGAAAAUAUUGCGAGUGUGAUAAUUUCUCCUGUAAACGAAACAGUGCAAAAUUGGUUUGCGGUGGACGAGGUAAGUGUGAAUGCGGCACGUGCAAUUGCUUUCCAGGUUGGACUGGUGAUACUUGCGAUUGCAAGGAAACUAAUAGAACGUGUAAGCCGACGGAGGAAACAAACGAAAUUUGCAGUGGUCAUGGUGAUUGCGUUUGUGGAAAGUGUCAUUGUCAUCAGAAGGGAAAUAUUCGUUACUCGGGCCAAUUUUGCGAAGAUUGUCCGACCUGUCCGGAGAAAUUGUGCGAAGAAUUCAAGGACUGUGUCGAAUGUUUUGUGCAUAAUUCGGGUCCACUUGCUGCCGAAAAUGGAUGUGAAUCGUGUCCACACCAUAUUGCCGUUGUAAAAGAGCUGCAAGACGAGGCCACUGAGAAAGAAACUGGAUCGCAAAUUUGCAAAGUUCCUGGAGAUGGUGAUUGUACUUUUGCCUUCAAAUACAAAUCCCAUCGAGAGAGCACUGGGGAUGAUAUAAAAGCUUACGAAAUCACUGCCCGCAAAAGCAAAGAAUGCCCUGAACCAGUAAACGCAAUGGGAGUUGCAAUCGGAGUUAUUAUAACUACCGUAAUUCUUGGACUGCUAGUUCUUGUUGUUUGGAAAGUAUUGACAGAAAUUCAUGAUAAGAGGGAAUUCGCGAAAUUCGAGAACGAGCGAACGCAAGAAAAAUGGAGUCAGCAAGACAAUCCGCUGUACAAGCAAGCGACUACAACAUUUGACAAUCCAACAUUCAGUAGUCUAUACAAGGAUUCAUAUUCCGACGAUUAAUAAUUUUCAAAAAUUUAUUCAAAGAAAACAUAAAUGUCUCGAAGAGUGAAUAAGAAGAAUAUAUACCGCGAUGAUAUUCCAAGAAAAAAAAGAGAUUCUUUUGUUUCAUUUUCGGACUUGCGACUCCUUAAUUAAGAUGUUUUUUUCAAGACGAGGCUUCGACACUUUGACCAUUAUUCCUCUUCUCGGAAUGUUUUCAAGUAGGUAUAAGGGAAGUGCCGUCAAAGUAAUCAAUUUUUACCUUCGUACUCUCUGCCAGAACAGCGGUAUAAUAUUCUUUUGCUUUUGCGCCAGCAAUAUAAUAAUUCAGCGAUGAGAAUUGAGGGUCAAAGAAUAAUCGGGGGAAAAAAGAGGAAAUAUAAUAAAAGCGAAUGUCUUUUAAUAAUUACUGUUUAUAUACUUGAACAAUAGUUAUUAAAAGGAAUAUUCGUUGAACGAAUUUAAAAGAGAUUAUUGUUUGUUGAAGAAUGUAUAGAGUAAAGGGGAAUAAUUUUUGAAAAACGGGACUGUUAAUUAUUACUCUCUUAUUUAUUACUCAAAUCCGAAUAAUUAGUACAAAAGUCGUCAA